UGCCUAUAAAUAAACAUGGCAGAUGUGAGAGGGAUAGGUUUGGUUGUGCAAGCUCAGGAGACGACAGGCCUUGACUGAUCAUGGCAACGUUUGAUAGCCAGACUGAUACCCCGAGUGUCCCAUAUUUAGAUCUCAACAAGCAACCUGCAGAAGAUGUUUCUGUCACAUCACCAGUAGAUGGCGCCACAGUUCCACCAGUAGAUGGCGCCUCAGCUCCACCAGUCGAUGGCGCCUCAGCUCCACCAGUAGAUGGUGCCACAGUUCCACCAGUAGAUGGCGCCUCAGCUCCACCAGUAGAUGGCGCCUCAGCUCCACCAGUAGAUGGCGCCACAGCUCCACCAGUAGAUGGCGCCACUGCUGUACAAGCAGGUGGUGCCAAGGCAAUAAAUGUGAAUAGUGAUACUUUACAGAGAAUUCUGGGAACGAUCUUUGGACAAUGUAUUGGGGAUGCCAUUGGACUACUGACAGAGUUUCUAACAAAAAAGGAAUGUGAAAUGUACUACAAGACGGUGAAGAAAGAACUAGAAUUCUUCCACAAGGAGAUUGUGUGUGAUGGUCAUCGCAUGCGUUGGGCAGUUGGAGACUGGACAGAUGAUUCCGACCAGAUGAUUCUGAUUUUGUUGUCACUUAUCGAGAAACAAGGAAAGGUUGAUGUACUUGAUUUUGGGAGACGAAUAAAGCACUGGACCCAGAAAGGAUUCCCUGGAUUGGGUGAUUUUGUUGGAAUGGGCCAAGGGAAGACAACUUCUACUGUUAUCAAAAACCCAGAUUACACUAAGGAUCCACAUGCUGCUGCAGACCUAGUUUGGACAGCUAAUGGUAAAGUUCUAGCUGCAAAUGGCGCUGUGAUGCGGACCAGUAUCCUGGGGAUCCAUAUGUACGCUGAUAUAGACAUUGUCGUACAGAACGCAAUUACCAUUGCUAGAGCGACACAUGCUGACCCGAGGUGUCGAGCAUCAACAGUUGCUGUUUGUGUGGCAAUAGCCCUGAUGUUACAACGCCAACCAAAACAUCUUGACAAGAAAGGAUGUUACAAUGUAAAUGCGAUCAUCAGCCAUUGUUAUGACUAUGCAUCAAAAUGUCUGGAAACUGAUAAGGAGAAAAAGGAACUAAAGACAUAUCUAAAAUGUAAAAAGCUGAAGGAAUUAAAACUAGACGAAGCUGGAAAAAUUGGUUACACCUACAAGUCCAUGGGGUCAGCUUUCUGGGCUUUAAAGCAGAAAAACUUCAGGGAGGCAAUUACCAAAAUUGUGAUGGAGGGAGGGGAUGCUGACUCAAACGCUUGUGUAGCCGGAGCACUAUUGGGCUGUAAAUAUGGUGUGGGAACAAUACCUUCCUGCUGGACACAGAAACUCAAACACAAGGAAUGGCUGGAGGCAAUAAUUGACAGAUAUUUCCAAAUGAUGGCGGAGGUACACGGCAUUGACUUCACACCCUACUGGUCAGGGCACGUGGAGUGAUUGUGUUGGCAGAUAAAAGUGCCAGUUAGCUGUUGUACUCCUGUAACACUGUAUACAACCAUACUCUCAAUCAGUCAGGUGGCAUCUGUCGCAAAAACGAAUAUAUUUACGAAUAUUUCUAUUGUUGUUAAUUGCCCAUAGUAACGGUGCAAAGCAGUGAUACAAAUUUUGCAAAAGAUUUCAAUUUAGCUAUCGCAGCAAAAACACUAAAACUUCAACUUUUUUGAAAGACAACUGAAGUCAAUGUCAGCCUCAAAGUGACUUUGUUGCUAGCUCAUCAUUUUCGUGCUGGAGAGAUGUUUGUUUUAUGGUUUUAAAUGCAAAAGAAGACUUUUGUUAGAUGAAACUGGGCUUCCAUAAAAAAAAAAAAAGUACCCACAAAAUGUUAUGAUGAAGUUAAUGAUAUGUGUCAAAGGUAGUAGAAACAGGGACUUAUCACUUACAUAACUAAUAUACCGGGGUCGUGACCGAAGGGUUGCAGGUUCGAGUCAUGUCACGGUACUGUGUUAAUGUAUCUUUGAACAAAAUACUUUACACCGCUUGUUACAGUCUACUCAGCUGUAAAUGAGUAUGUGGUUGAGCAGUGCUAGAAUUGUUGAAUGCUAGCUGUGAGUGCCGAAAUGGCAGCAUCGGCUGUAUGUUUACCAUUACCAGUAUAUUAUAUCGUCAUAAUAACCUUGAUAUAGGAAGAUUGUUUUACCAUUUUGUAUGUCAUCAUUUUUAUAUCUUUUUGUUAAGUUUUAGUUUAAUUUUUUAAACCUUAAGUGUGUCAACAGAAAUGUAGAUCUGCAGAAUGUAUAAUAUACAUGCAAUACUUAAACGAUUUCGAGCAAGUUUCUUUUUCAUAUGAGAUUUAAGGAAACAAGUCUAUAAGUAAAGCAAAAAAAAGGAGAAAAUCUUAGGGACAAGUUAACCCAUUCACCACUGUAGACCAUACUGGACCCCUCCAUAUCAAUGCAUGGUAGAGUCUACUAAAGUUACAUAGGGGUGAAAGGGUUAAAUACAUAGAGAAUAAUACAUGUCUUUUUCCAUAUCACACCCAGUAUCAACACGAGACUGCAUUAUUGGUGGAGGGUUGAUACUGGGUGUGAUAUGGAAAAAGGCCUGUUUUAUUCUGUUUAUUACAUACUUACUAAUAACAGC